AAGUGCGCUCGAUGGUGGACGUGCUGGCGGACCACGCGGGCGAGCUCGUGCGCACCGACAGCCCCAACUUCCUCUGCUCCGUGCUGCCCUCGCACUGGCGCUGCAACAAGACGCUGCCCGUCGCCUUCAAGGUGGUGGCUCUGGGGGAUGUGCCAGAUGGAACGCUGGUGACUGUGAUGGCGGGCAAUGACGAGAACUACUCCGCUGAACUGCGCAAUGCCUCGGCCGUCAUGAAGAACCAAGUGGCCAGGUUCAAUGACCUCCGCUUCGUGGGCCGCAGCGGGCGAGGGAAGAGUUUCACACUGACCAUCACCGUGUUCACCAACCCCACCCAAGUGGCCACCUACCACCGAGCCAUCAAGGUGACCGUGGAUGGACCCCGGGAGCCCAGACGGCACCGGCAGAAGCUGGAGGACCAGACCAAGGCGUUCCCCGACCGCUUCGGGGACCUGGAGCGGCUGCGCAUGCGGGUGACACCGAGCACGCCCAGCCCCCGAGGCUCGCUCAGCACCACGGGCCACUUCAGCAGCCAGGCCCAGACUCCCAUCCAAGGCACCUCGGACCUGAACCCUUUCUCCGACCCCCGCCAGUUUGAUCGCUCUUUCCCAGCACUGCCGACCCUCACGGAGAGCCGCUUCCCUGACCCCAGGAUGCAUUACCCGGGGGCCAUGUCGGCCACCUUCCCCUACAGCGCCACGCCCUCAGGCACCAGCAUCAGCAGCCUCAGCAUGGCCAGCAUGCCGGCCACCACCCGCUUCCACCACACCUACCUCCCGCCGCCCUACCCCGGGGCCCCGCAGAACCAGGGCGGGCCCUUCCAGGCCAACCCGUCCCCCUACCACCUCUACUACGGCGCCUCCUCCGGCUCCUACCAGUUCUCCAUGGUGGCCGGCAGCAGCAGCAGCGGGGGCGACCGCUCGCCCACCCGCAUGCUGGCCUCCUGCACCAGCAGCGCCGCCUCCGUCGCCGCCGGCAACCUCAUGAACCCCAGCCUGGGCGGCCAGAGCGACGGCGUGGAGGCCGACGGCAGCCACAGCAACUCGCCCACCGCGCUGAGCACGCCGGGCCGCAUGGACGAGGCCGUGUGGCGGCCCUACUGACCACCCAGGUCAAGGUGGACUGCUCCGGCUGGUGGCGGGAACCCCCAGAACCUUUCCGACAGGUGGCCAGCCCAGCUCCGAGGCUCAAGGCGGGAGUGGGACUUAUGCUCCAGGGCAGUCGGGGGCCCAGGGUCCGCGGUCCUGGGGCCUGGGGCUGGUGGGUGGCUCUGAGAGUGUCUAGUCCAGCCACAUGUUUGUACAGAGGGGUAGGGACCUCCCCCAGGACACUUCCCCCAGCCCAGGUCCUAGUCAUCUCAGCCCACAUUCCUGUGGGAACAGUAUCCUCCUCUCGCCACCUUCCCUGGAAUGACCAGGCUGUCCCCAGCUAUGCCGGUGCUGUCACGGGGCCCAGGUCUCCUGGGACAGAGGCCAUCUCUGCUCCAGAGAGAGGUGGCAUGUGCCUACCUGUCUUGGCCUUUUAUCCACAGGGCCCUGGAAAGACCCCCCCAUCCCCCCCACUUUCCUCAGAGACCCUGCACCCCAUGGGCCCAGCCCUCCCCCUGCAUUUACACAAACUGAGUCAGAACUGGAAGGACCCCCACCCCUGAGGGGGUUUCCCCUCCUUGUAUAGAUGGCGAGAG